AUGGCAAAUUCUGAGAAGUAUGUGCAACCGGCCAUACCAAGAUUUGGUAGCCACUAUAAUUUUUGGUCCAUGACCAUGACCAUGGAGAAUUUUCUCAGAAGCCGAGAGUUGUGGAGUCUGGUAGAAGAAGGAAUCCUGGCAAUGACAGUCGGAACAUCAACGAGUGAAGCACAGAGGAAAGCGGUGGAAGAAGCCAAUCUCAAAGACUUGAAGGUCAAGAACUUUCUAUUCCAGGCGAUUGAGAGGAAGAUUUUGGAGAUAGUUCUUGACAAGAGUACCUCAAAGGCAACUUGGGAGUCAAUGAGAAAGAAACACCAAGGCUCUACAAAGGUGAAGAGGGCGCAGUUACAAGCACUAAGAAAGGAGUUUGAAUUGCUGGCCAUCAAAGAAGGAGAGAAGAUUGAUAUCUUUCUGGGGAAAACCUUGGCGGUGGUUGACAAGAUAAAGAUAAACGGUGAAGUGAUAGAUCAAAGCACAAUCGUAUGCAAAAUACUCCGAUCGUUGACGGUGAAGUUUAACUACGUGGUGUGCUCGAUUAAAGAAUCAAAUGAUCUGAGUACAAUCAGCAUUGAUGAACUACAUGGAAGUUUACUCGUUCAUGAGCAGAGAAUGAAUGGGAAGAGCAGGCUUUGA